AUGGGUCGGAGAAAGAUUGAGAUCAAGGCGAUCAAGGAUGAUCGCAACCGCUCAGUUACCUUUCUGAAACGGAAAGGCGGUCUUUUCAAAAAAGCGCACGAACUCGCCGUCCUCUGUUCCGUCGACGUCGCGGUCAUCAUUUUCGGUCACAACAAGAAGCUGUACGAGUUCUCAUCAUGUGAUAUGCGUGAGACUUUAGGCCGUUAUCAAUAUUUUGGACCUCCCCACGAACACAAAGGACCGGAAGAUUUUGCAGGCAGACGCGAUGACGAUGACGAAGAAGACGAGACCACACCCGCCCCUGACGAGGCUCAGCAAACACAACAGACCCAUCAAGGCCCUCCUCCCAUGGCCCCGCCUCACAUCCCCAGUCAUCCUGGGUUUCAGCACGUAAAUCAUGCGCCGUCUGCUUCUCCUCCAAUUUCGAAUGGUAUGCCAUUCGCCCCUCGUCAUGGUACCCCGCAGCCUCAGGUGGUCUCGCGUCCAUCAUCAAGGAAUCAUAUUCGACGAGUCAGCUCCAAUCUCGCGCCUCACCAGCAUGCGACGCCACCCCCUGCACCACCGCCCGCACCGCAAAAUGGUUUUCCAUACAUGCCCAACCCGAUGUACAAUCCCAGCGCGCACCCAAAUAUGACACAACAUCCUCACCGUCCCGCCCCGUUCCCACAUUUCGGCCAUCCGCCUGUCACUCACCACCAAACACCUCCUCCGCAGCCUCCGCAUCAAUCCUUGACGCCGCAAACCAUGCCAACGCAUACGAUGCCAUCCCAGUCAAUACCACAACACCCUAUGGCCCCUCCUCAUGCACACCCAUUUGCGCAACCACCACCUCCAAUGACGCUUUCCCAUCCGCCAGUGCCGCAGGUUGCGCACGCAUACAUACAUGAUCAGGGGAGGAGUUCAAUGCCGCCUGCAUUUACGUCAGAAACGCCGCAACCGCAACCUGCUCCGCCUCGUACGGUGUCACUUCCUGAUGCAUCUGCCGCCGAUCAAGUAAAGCCGGAGGAGGAUCCGUCACCUCCGACACACCAACGCUCGCUUUCGUCCAAAUCUCGCAGUAUCUUUACGCCAAUUGAUGAUCGCGGAUCGGUGCUUGCUCGCCAUUUUGGGGUAGGCCCACCAAACGAGCCGCCGCGCGAAGAUAGUCAUGUGAAAUCGGAGUCGACAAAAGAGGAUGCGAAUGACGAGUCUACAACUCCUGUGAUUCCUCCACCGCCUCCACCGCGAGUUGUGACGGAGGCAUCACGGACUCAGUCAAUCUCGUCUGUUUCCAGUGACAUCAAGCCACCAACGCGGACAAACAGUGUCCAGUCGAAACGACCGCAGCUGAAGGUGCAAAUUCCAAGCGAAAAUUCCGAUCGGGACACCGCUACGGCAGAUUCAUCUUCUCGCGACUCAGCUGGUAAAGCUCUAACACCUGCCAAAGCAAACCUAGAGACGAAUCAUUCAGGGGUUGUUCUACCACCCCCGUCACCUUCGGCCGGUGCUAUUCUCAGCGCCGGGGCACAAGGGCCUCCAAAUCCAUUUGCAAGGCCACCGCCGCCUGGGACCGCGACCCAGAAUAACAGCGCAUACGCAAAUAAUAAUAAUAUCGAGACUCCUAUUUCUGCCUUACCAAGUCGUUUUGUUUCCGAUGCUCUUCUACCGUCGCCGUCCAGCUUCUUCCCAGAAUGGGGGUUUGGCCGAUCAGGUCCGGAUACCAACAUGCUACCAAGUCCUCUGACCUUCCCGACACCGGCAGCCCAGACAGGUCCAGGCUUUGCUCGCGAAGACGAACAGGACAGAAAGCGUAAAACCCCGGAUAGUGGACCAUCUGGAGAGGGGGCGUCCAAGAAGACAAAAACGUAA